AUGUCACUCUCUGAUAAAGAAUUGUACGAAUUGAAUAAAAAAGCCGUCACUGAGGGUUUUAAAAUAAGUCCUAGAAUCAAUUACAACACCGUGGGUGGUGUCAAUGGUCCCUUGGUUAUUGUUGAUAAUGUGAAGUUCCCUCGUUUCAACGAGAUUGUCAACUUGACUUUACCUGAUGGGUCAAUUAGACAAGGUCAAGUUUUAGAAAUCAGAGGUUCGAAAGCAAUUGUUCAAGUUUUUGAAGGUACUUCAGGAAUCGAUGUUAAAAAGACUAGGGUUGAAUUCACUGGGGAGAACUUGAAAAUACCAGUUAGUGAAGAUAUGUUGGGUAGAAUCUUUGAUGGGUCCGGUAGACCUAUUGAUAAAGGUCCCAAGAUUUUCGCUGAAGAGUACUUGGAUAUUAAUGGAUCACCAAUCAAUCCAUAUGCUCGUAUUUAUCCUGAGGAAAUGAUCAGUACUGGUAUCUCUGCCAUUGAUACCAUGAAUUCGAUUGCUAGAGGACAGAAGAUCCCAAUUUUCUCAGCGUCUGGUUUGCCACAUAAUGAAAUUGCGGCUCAGAUUUGUAGGCAAGCAGGUUUGGUGCGUCCAACCAAGGAUGUUCAUGAUGGGCAUGAAGAAAACUUCUCGAUUGUGUUUGCGGCAAUGGGUGUCAAUUUGGAAACGUCGAGAUUCUUCAAGCAGGAUUUCGAAGAAAAUGGGUCGUUGGAAAGAACUUCAUUGUUUUUGAACUUGGCUAACGAUCCAACUAUUGAAAGAAUCAUUACUCCUAGAUUGGCAUUGACUACUGCUGAAUAUUUGGCUUACCAAACUGAAAGACACGUGUUGACCAUUUUAACUGAUAUGUCGUCUUAUGCCGAUGCUUUGAGAGAAGUGUCUGCUGCAAGAGAAGAAGUGCCUGGUAGAAGGGGUUAUCCUGGUUACAUGUAUACCGAUUUGUCAACCAUUUACGAAAGAGCCGGUAGAGUCGAAGGUAGAAACGGUUCUAUUACCCAAGUGCCAAUCUUGACUAUGCCUAAUGAUGAUAUUACCCAUCCAAUUCCAGAUUUGACUGGUUAUAUCACUGAGGGACAAAUAUUUGUUGAUAGACAGUUGCACAAUAGAGCCAUCUACCCACCAAUCAAUGUGUUGCCAUCAUUGUCACGUUUGAUGAAGUCGGCUAUUGGUGAGGGAAGAACCAGAAAAGACCACGGCGAUGUAUCCAAUCAAUUGUAUGCCAAGUAUGCCAUUGGUAAGGAUGCUGCUGCCAUGAAGGCCGUUGUUGGUGAAGAGGCUUUGUCUACGGAAGAUAAGUUGUCGUUGGAAUUUUUGGAGAAAUUCGAAAAGAAUUUCAUUAAUCAAGGUGCAUAUGAAAAUAGAACAAUUAUUGAAUCCUUGGACCUUGCUUGGUCAUUGUUGAGAAUCUACCCAAGAGAAUUGUUGAAUAGAAUCAGUCCAAAGAUUUUGGACGAGUAUUAUGGUAGAGAUAGAGGAGAUGAUGACGAGGAUGAAGACGAGGAUGUAGACGAGGAUGACAACAAGAAGAAGGAUACAUUGAUUGACGCUUAG